AUGGACAACGAAGUGCACUCCAGCUUCAUCCAGAGGCGGCUGCGGAGCCAAGAGCGCCGAGAGAUCCAACGGGAGAUCCUGUCCAUCCUUGGGCUCCCGCACCGCCCCCGGCCGCUUGUCCACACCAAACAAAACGCAGCUCCCAUGUUCAUGUUGGACCUUUAUAACACCAUCUCCACGGACCUCCAGGCUCCGGGACUCCAGGCCAGCAGACCCGCAGCCACGCACCCUCCCCCCGCGCUCUCUCUGCAGGACAGUCAGUAUCUGGAUGAGGCAGAUACUGUCAUGAGCUUUGUCAAUAUGGUUGAACACAAUGAUCGUCACUACCAGCAGCUGCAGCGUGAAUUCAAAUUUGACUUGUCCCGAAUUCCAGAAGGAGAGGCCAUAACAGCGGCAGAAUUUCGAGUCUAUAAGGACUUUAUUCAUGAACAAGAUGAAAAUGAAACGUUCAUUAUCAGCAUCUACCAAGUCUUGCCCAAGUUAACCAGCAGCAGAGAGCGCUUGUUGCUGGAGCAGAGAGAAGUGUGGGCAAGUGAAGAUGGCUGGCUUGUCUUUGACUUAACAGCCUCCAGUAACCUGUGGCUCCUCAACCCAGAGCACAACCUGGGCCUUCACCUGGAGCUGGAGGACGGCCACGGCCGCAGGAGGAGCCCUGACCUGUUGGGGCUGGUGACCGGCGGCAGGUCCCAGGAUAAACAGCCCUUCAUGGUUGCAUUCUUUAAAGUUACCGAAGUGCGGCUGCGACAUGUACGAUCUGCCCACAGGGGGCGCCACUCGCAGCGCCAGAAACCCCAGAGGACAGUCCAGGAUGCUCUGAAGGCGGUGGAGGCUGCAACUGAAACACUUGGCUUGUCAAAAGAUGGAUGUCAGAAGCACGAGUUAUACGUCAGCUUUCGAGAUCUGGGAUGGCAGGACUGGAUCAUUGCUCCAGAGGGUUAUGCAGCGUAUUACUGUGAUGGGGAGUGUGCAUUCCCACUAAACUCUUACAUGAAUGCCACGAAUCAUGCCAUUGUACAGACUUUGGUACACUUCAUAAACCCAGGGACCGUACCCAAACCUUGCUGUGCACCCACCCAGCUGCAUGGCAUCUCGGUGCUCUACUUUGACGACAGCUCUAAUGUCAUUCUCAAGAAGUAUCGCAACAUGGUGGUCCGGGCGUGUGGCUGUCACUGA